AUGGAUUUGCCAGCUCCUGCGAAGAUGAACGGAGAUGAUGGAAAGUUAAGUUUUGAGAACUUCGGGUUGUCAAUACUCGACAUGGUGAAGCACGCUGCACGCACAAUCCUGAGCACCUUGGAUGAGGGGGACAGGCUCGGGAUCGUGACGUUCAGCAAAGAUGCCACGGCAAGUUUCUCAAGUGCCCCGCGCCGAAAUGAUUAUUUCAACAAGGAAUUAAGCGAAUCUAACAUCGAUAUGAUGACACCGGAUAGUAUGACCAACCUUUGGCACGGCCUACAGAAAGGAAUAGGCCUUUUCGAAGGGGAGGAAGACACGGGGAGAGUACCUGCGGUUAUGAUCCUAACGGACGGGCUGCCCAAUUACCUGUGUCCUGCUCAGGGUUACAUCCCCAAAAUACGCAGCAUCUGGGAAGAUCUGCCAGCAACGAUCCAUACGUUUGGAUUUGGCUACGACAUUAAAUCGGGACUUUUAAAGUCUAUUGCGGAAAUCGGAGGGGGUAACUAUGCUUUCAUUCCUGACGCUGGCAUGAUAGGAACAGUGUUCGUUCACGCGGCCGCCCAUCUCCAGACGACGUACGCCACAAAAUGCUCGCUUCAAGUAACCAUGCCAAAUAAUAUUCGUUUAAGAACAACGACCGGUAAAACUGUCGACCAGCAGGUCAAAGACGUGGGGGGCAACAGGAAACUCACCGUGCGCCUUGGAAAUUUACAAUAUGGCCAGUCUAGAGAUAUAUACCUCGAGAACAUCGACAGUCAGGGUUAUAAAGCCGUCUUUGAUCCCACUACAGGUACUACUAUCAAUGCCAUGCUCAGGUUCACCCAGAUGAGGGCCGCGGAAUUGUGCAGCUUCGGGAUAAAGGAUGUGCUAGAAGAUUCGAUCCUUUCAGAGUCCGAGAUGGCCUACCACCGGAGUAGAUCGAUGAUAUGUGACUUUAUUUCCUCAUUUUUCCCUCUUCGAAAUGACGGCGAAUACGAGACUCGCAAGGAUAUUAAUGUGAAGCGCCAUGCGCCAGACUUCCAGCGGUUGCUAGAGAACAUACCAGCCAGGCUCUACGACGAUAAACACAACAGAUCGCUGAUGGAAGAUCUCGUGGGAAGCUUACCAUCUGGCCAGGUAUCUCUGGCUUUGUCUGAUGAAAACUACUUUCGUCGAUGGGGUUGUCAUUACUUCUUCAGCCUCUGGAAUGCCCAUGCGAAGCAACUAUGCAAUUCCUUUAAGGACCCGGGUCCGUUAUUGUAUAAUCAGAAUCCUUUUUUUAUCAGAUGCAGAGAUCGCCUUGAUCGAUCCUUCGAUACCAUCCCCCCACCUAAGCAAUCCUGUCCCAGUGUGGCUACCACCCCUCAUAUUUAUAUGUCGCGGUUGAACACCCGGAGUGGUCCCUGCUUCACUGGUACGAGCAAGGUUACGCUUGCCAACGGCCACCAAGCACUCGUCCGCAAGCUGCGACGGGGUUCAGCUGUACGCACGCCCAUCGGCAGCCGGAUCGUCGCAGCUGUGCUGAAAACAGAGAUUCGCGAAGUUUCCAUGUGUAGGAUCGGGGACCUCGUCAUCACGCCGUGGCACCCGAUCAGGAUCGACCAUGCGGGAACGCCUGCUCAAUGGACUUUCCCAGCUAAACUCGUGCUUGUGUCCGGACAAGUUCAGCUUGUGACCUACUCAGGACCUAUUUACUCAGUUCUACUGGGACCGGAUUGCAGCACUGAAGCCCAUGCCCUUGAGUUCGGUGGUGUCUGGGCGGCAGCGCUGGGCCACGGCGUUGUCCGGGGAAGAGACGUCCGUGCCCAUCGAUUCCUUGGAGAUUAUAAGAAGGUAGCAAAAGCCAUCGCAAGGUUGAAACCAAGGAAGGAUGGUGUUGCGUUGUCUGGUGGGGUGAAAAGACGGGAUCGUGACGGCCUAGUCUGCGGAUUCAAGGAGUACGCUACUACCCUAUCUUAUGUCUAGGUAGGUAAGUAAUGAAGGGGAUGUGGAAGAAUGGUAAACUAGAGAAAUCACCAGGAAAUUGAGGAUAGUACCUAUCGCAGCAACUCAACAGACGAGGUCUAUUAACAGAAGCUGAUCAGUGAUAGAAAAUUGGAGUGGU